AUGACGGAGAAACCUCGCGGUGCUGGUCUCGACCUGUCGAAGCGACUCACGAAUUAUAGGCGAGCCAACGACUCUAGCUUGCGAAAAUGCGCCUAUUGUACCGAUUAUACGUUUCCUGGGAGCUCCGAGAAAGUCGACGUGGAGCGUCACUUCCAGAAGUGCGGCCAUAGCACCCACGACAACAACCAAACCGAUUUAAUAGAAAAGACCUGGUUACAGAUCCGUGACCGCCAGCGAACACUGCCGACGGCGAAUCUGCCAUCUAGCCCUCUUCAUCCAAUAACUUCAAAACAACCACCUAUAGACAAUGCCGACCCGAGCACACAGUCGUCCGUUGCCGGACACGAUAGGCAAGGUGCAACUAGCCCAUCUUCGGAAAAAAAUAAGAGGAAGGACGGUGAUCAUAGGUCUUCGCAUCCAAAGCGCAGUCGCGCCCGUCAGCAACCGCAGGCGUCUGGUGCCAGCCAUACUGAAGAUAGCGACUUCCAAAGAGAUCCGGCACACAAGGCGGGUAGAUUGUGGACUCCUGAGGAGGGGGCAUCGACGCCUCGACGGACCGAUGCCGGGCGAUCCAAGGACCAGAAUGGUUCAGAUCUCCCUCGAGCAGCUUCCAAUCGGUCGUUCGAACACCCGCGUUCCUCCGAUUUUGAUAACACUGAGGUGUUGAUCAAACAACCAGAGACGCGCCCUAUCAGCCAAGAACAACUCGUUGCUGAGGUAAAGGGAAUUUACGCUGGGCUCGUCAUGGUCGAAUCGAAGUGUAUCGAGGUCGACAACGCUCAAAGUUCAAAUAACGAGACCAAUCCCAAGCUCAAUAAUGAGCAGUGGCAGGCAUUGAUUGCUUUGCACCGAACUCUGCUACAUGAGCACCAUGAUUUCUUCCUUGCGUCGCAGCAUCCAUCUGCAAGUCCGGCAUUACGUCGGCUUGCGAGUAAGUACGCGAUGCCGGCCCGCAUGUGGCGCCAUGGCAUUCAUUCAUUCUUGGAGCUUUUGCGUCAUCGUCUGCCCGCCUCGCUCGAACACAUGCUCACGUUCAUUUAUUUGGCAUACUCUAUGAUGGCUCUGUUGUACGAGACUGUUCCUACCUUCGAAGACACUUGGAUUGAGUGCCUCGGCGACUUGGGCCGCUAUCGCAUGGCCAUUGAGGAUGAUGAUCUUAAGGAUAGAGAAGUGUGGACUUCAGUCUCUCGACACUGGUACUCAAAGGCUAGCGAUAAAGCUCCUCAAACGGGUCGCCUUUACCACCACCUCGCAAUUCUGGCUCGUCCCAAUGCUCUACAGCAGCUUUUCUAUUACACCAAGUCUCUCUGCGUACCAGUUCCUUUCCUGUCUGCUCGCGAAUCAAUUAUGACAUUGUUCGACCCGCAUCUCAAUGGCACACAGACCAGGCUGCAGGAGAUUGACGCAGCCUUUGUGCGCGCUCAUGCAAUUCUCUUUUCGGGUAAGAACACCGAUCAACUCUCAUCGUCUAUCAACGAGUUCAUCGACAGCCUGGACAAUCACAUCGCACGUCACACCCGUCGCUGGCUGGAUAGCGCAUACUACAUUUCCAUCGCGUUGGGCUGCUCCCUUCUCGAAUAUGGUAGCGAGAGCAAUCCCAUCAUGAGAGCCAUCAAAUCUGGCCGUACCGACGAUGCAGACAUCCCAAUGGAAGAGGCUGAGAUUGUAGCUGCUCCAACACAGAAGUUCCUGGACGCCCUGGAUUUUGCAGCUCGCACUCAUAACGUUGUGUUGCGACGAUUCGGCGACGAGAAUAUCCGACCCUACCUACAUGUCACUCUCUCGCUUCUCCUCCACUUGUCACAGUUUCCUGCAGCGAUAGGACUGGUAGAAGAGAAGAUGCCUUGGAAGCUUAUUGCUUUGCUCCUCAACACUAUCAUGCCCACGGACAUGCCUACUGAAACCAUCAACAUCAUUGAGUCAGAGAACUUCCCCCGGCCAGACAAGGGCGACCCUCGUCCCUUGCCGGACGACUUCGCACAGCGGGGCCUUCUUUGGGUUGAUAAGUACUAUCCUAGCGAUUGGUUUACUGCUACAAAGGUGGAUGACGAUGAAAAAUAUUUUGAGGUUGCGUCCAUGAUGGAAGAGCGCUCACAACGCUGUCUUUGGCUGGGUUGCCGACUGGCAACAUCGGGCAAGUGGUUGACUUACGACGAGGAAGCGAAGCAAUUCGGCGUUGCGCCGCAAUUCGAUAUAGAAAUCCCUGACCUGAGCACCGAUGUCACACCUGCGGGAGCAUCUGACGAUGCCGAUGUGAUCAUUCCAGAUGCCCCUGACGCACGUCAUUGA